AAAAGGUUCCACACACUAGGUUGCGUGGCACUAUCUCACUCCCUCAUGAUCUCUCUUAACUCUAUCUAUCGUCGCCAGAUUUGAUGAACUCUAAACUCCCCACCAGACUGCACCUGACAGACCUGUUUGUGGAUCAUGCAUACCAAAGGAAGUACAGAAUGCUGUUGCUCUUUUGAAGACUACAAUCAGACGACAGAAUGGCUUCUGAGCCGGACGAGACACAGGCCUAAGAUCGCAGUGGUGUGUGGCUCAGGCCUGGGCCUGCUCGCCGAUGGUGUUACCAACAAAGAGAUCUUCCCUUACGCAGAUAUCCCCAACUUCCCCGUCAGCACAGUCCCGGGUCAUGAGGGGUGUCUGGUGUUUGGUAUUCUGAAAGGCAAAUCCUGCGUCUUCAUGCAAGGCAGAUUCCAUCUCUACGAGGGCUAUUCACUCUGUAAGGUCACAUUCCCGGUGCGGAUCUUCAAGCUGUUGGGCGUGGAGACCCUCAUUGUGACUAACGCCUCAGGGGGCCUGUGUCCGGACUUCAAAGUGGGCGACAUCAUGCUCAUUAAGGACCACAUUAACCUGCCAGGCUUCGCCGGCCAGCACCCUCUGUGCGGCCCCAAUGACGAACGGUUUGGGAUCCGGUUCCCCUGCAUGUCAGAUGCCUACAGUAAGGACCUGAGGAAGCUAGCUCUGGAUAUCAGUCAUGAGCUGGACUAUACCAACUUUGUGCGGGAAGGGGUGUACUGCAUGGUGAGCGGGCCCAACUUCGAGACCAUCGCUGAGGCACGCAUGUUGCAGGUCUUGGGGUGCGACUCUGUGGGCAUGAGUACGGUCCCAGAGGUAACAGUGGCCAAGCACUGUGGCCUGAGGGUCUUCGGUCUCUCACUCAUCACCAACAAGGUCUCCCUAGACUACAGCCGUGAGGAGAAGGUGAACCAUGAGGAGGUCCUGGAGAUCAGCAAGAUGAGGGCGGAGCAUGUGCAGAUGAUGCUCAACACACUUAUUGCCCGCUCAGACCAGCUGGACGAGGGCAUCAAUGUCAACUGAAGGAGGAAGGGGGAUGGAGAAAGAGACAUACUCUAAUGUUGAAGCACACUCUCUCACACACAGACACUCACAAACACGCAGGAAUGUACACAGACAUGUGCAAACAUGUACAUAUCAUUCACUGUGAAUCUUUACAAUAAUCAACCACCCAUGAUGAAAGAAUUUAGUACAUUUUCCAGUUUAAUAAAACGGACAUAACAGAAGACAGUUGUUGGGAUCUUCUGUUCCGUCCGUUGUUUGAAGGAUCGGACCAAGGCGCAGCAUGGUAAGCGUACAUCUUUAUUUAGAUGAACACCAAAAAAACAAAAGAUAAACGAGGUGGGAAACAAGGUGGGAAACAAGGCUGCCUAAGCAUGAUCCCCAAUCAGAGACAACGAUAUACAGCUGCCUCUGAUUGGGAACCAUACCCGGCCAACAAAGAAAUAGAAAAACUAGAAUGCCCACCCAAAUCACAAAGGCUCUCUAAGGUCAGGGCGCAACAGAGAUUAUACAUUAAUUCCACCAAAUGUUUUUCUCCCAAAAAUAAAUGUGAAAAGCCUCCAACCAGAAAAUAGCAUUUAAUGGUAAAUAGUGGGAAAAUAAAUAUGCAACUGAACUAAUGUACAGAUGAUGGUGCUUUUCUCUUCAAAUUCCUCCUGCUAUUCAGAGCUAGUGACAGAAAAAAACAUGUCCUGUAUUAAUAUAAUUAUACAGUGCUUUCUUCUUUGUUAUCCCCUCACUGUUUAGAACGAGAAUCAAACUAUUAUUUAUGUGCUUCACUGUGUUUACCAGACAACACAAGUCUGUUUCAUAAAGUUGAUUAAAAAACUAUUUUCAUGCUGAACAAUUACAGUGUUACGAGUUAGUUUGACUGCAAUAACAGUGAGAGCUCAUGUAGAAAUAAUGUUUCUUGUAAGAAUUUACACAGCAACAGAAAAAAUGUACAGAAAAACUUUGGAUCUUGCCAAAGCAAAUACUCUGUUCACUGCCUUGCCUUACAGUAAAUCGAAGUGCAUUCAUCUAUAAAGAAAACACUGGGCUCCUCAGCCAAUAUGGCGCAGUGGUAACUUCUGCACUGUAGCGAUAAGCUUGGAGAACACUGAUGUGUUCAUAAGGUUUUCCCAUUGUAAAUAUAUAGAUACAUAUAUAAAUAAACAUCCAGUAGAUAUAGAUCAUAAAAA